AUGAUUGCACACAAAUUUCCAGGUAUUCAACUAGAUUUAAGCUCAGUUGAAGUAAUAUGGCUUCACUUUACUCGUUUCUUUAUGGAGCUAGAGGCCAAUUUUGAUUCUUCGAUGCAUGUUUUUAAAGAACCAACAGGAGUUUACUAUAAAUUAACAGGGAAUUAUAGUCCAAAGAUAUUGGAAGAAGCAAAGCAGAAAACAGUUAAUUAUGUUUAAAAGAAUAAAAUAGAGAUGCUAAAUACUGAAUUAGAAUAUAAACAAUACAUGAAUAUAUGUUAAGAUUUAAGAUAGAAAUUCCCUAAAAUUUAUAUUUAGCUGCUCCAUUACAAUGUUUUUGAUUAUGUUAGCAAAAGACUUCAUCAAAAAUUUGGCUAUAAGCAAGCUCUUUAGGAUUACUAAGAAUUAAUUAAAAAGAAAAAGAGAUUCUGCUAUUUAAUAUGUGAUAAAGCUUAUUUUCCUUAAAUUAAGGAGGCCUUCUAUUAGUUAGCAGAACCUUACGAAAAGGCAGCCUAACAGGUUUCAUUAAGAAGAACUAUAUCUACAACAUCUCCUCCUGUUAGUUAUCAAGUAUACUAACAAAACCCUUAAACAUUUCCUAAUCAUAAUAGAAGCAAUAGUACUGCAAUAGUCCAAAACAUAAAUACAAGUAUUAUUCAAUAAAAUUAAAUGAAUGACGAAGAAACGAACAUUAAUAAUUAAGAGCCUAGCUCAUCUCCAAGAUUGACUCUAGGUAAAAAGAGCAAUUCUUACUAUGAAGAAGAUGACUAUUCUUAUACAAAUUAAGGAAGUAUGGAUUAAGCUGAUUUCAAAGGAUUGGAUAUUUAAAAAGAAGAAUUUCCAUGUCUUUCUGAUGCUUAAAUAUUAUUAAAUCAACAACAAGCUUCCUAACUCAAUGAUUCUUAAUUGAGUAACUCAAAUAGCGGUUCAAAUAUUAAGAGUGAAGUCUCUAAAAAGAAGAAUAACAAAAAGUAAAAAAAGAAGCUACAAUAAUAGCAAAUAAAACUACAAUAAUAGUAACAAUAAUAAUAGCAACUUAAUUAAGCUAGUUCUUAAGCAUUAAAUUCUUUUCUUGAAAGCUAUCAAAAAGAAUCAAUUUCUUCAGAUGUAUAAAAAUCAUAAUCUCAGUAAACCAUAUAAACAAUUUAGAAUUAUACAAAAGCAGAGUAAUUUGAUGAAUGGGAUUUCGAACUCCCUACUUAUAAACAGACCUAAAGUGAUCCUAAUUUAGCUAACAAACCUUUAUCUUUGAUUCUUUAAGAAGAGUAUCCUGGAUAUUUCAAUUUUUAAAAACCAUAGACAACAAAUUAAAAAUCAGGGUAGAAUCAAUUAUAAAAUAGCGAACAAAAGUAAAAAGCUUCUAGCUAACAACAAAGUGAUCCUAAAAGCAGCAAUUCUACAAAUAAAAAAGAAGCUACUAGUUCUUAAAAUUCACAAUAAUAGAUUUUAAAAAAAACAUCGAGUCAAAAUAGUUAGUAAAAUUAAUAGUAAUCCAAUAAUUAAAAUAUUACAUAAUAAAUUUAAAAUCCAUCUUAAGUUAAAGAAAAGUUGAAUUAACAAAGCCAAUAAUAAAUGAAUUAAAAAUUAUUUUAAAGCGAUUAAGUUAAAUCAAGUGUUUAGGAUAAGUUUGAAAGAAGUCAAAAUACUGACUCAAAUAGCUUUGAUGAGGUUUAAUAAAUAAUAUAAUAAGAAUUGAAUUUAGCAAAUUCAGCUAGCAAAAGUGCUGAAAAUUAUCAAAUUAAUAUUGAAAAUAAAGAACCUAGCACUUAUUAAGAUCAUUAAUAACUUCCUAAAUAACUUCACCAACAAGCUUCAUAGAAAUCAUCUAAUAGUGACUCAGCAAAAAAAAGGGAGGAUUUUAUUACAGAGUAAUCCUAAAAAGAAUUGCUUAUCAACUAGACCAACUUUUUGUUGAAACUUUAGAAUUAAUCUCAUCCACCUGGACUCCCUCCACCACCUUAAUAAUCUGAUGAUUUAUAAAAAACAUUUUUAUUUGAAUAAAAUUCAUAAGGUUCAACUUAAGAACAACCACAACUAUCUUUGAAUGCUAAAAGCUCUGAAAAUUAAAGUACAAAAUUAAAAAAUACUGAACUAAGUGAGAAAUAGUAAAAGCUUAUGAAAUCUAUUAAAAGUGAACCAUUCAACCCAAAUAAAGGGACAAUAAGCAUAAAAUUAGAUUCUAUUAUUGUAGAAUAAGAUUUUAAAAUUGAAGAGCUUGCAGAAAAACAAAUUAUUUUUUCAGAUGAUUGCACAGAAACUAUUAAAAUUAUCUAUAAGGAAAACUAGUAUUGCUUAAAAAAAUUUAAAAAUCUAAGUGCAUUUAACCUUAGAAGAGUAAAUAAUUAUAUAGAAAACUUAAGGGUCCUAGCAUCUCCUCGUAUUAUAAGAUCAUUUGGCAAAACUGUUUCAUAUUCUAAACAUACAUUCGAUUUAUUUAUCCUUCUUGAUUUCAAGGAAAGAAAUCUAAUGCAAGCAAUAAAAGAAAAAUUAAUUAUCUCUUUUAAUGACAAAUUAUCUGUUCUUUGGUAGAUUACCUAAGCAAUACAACAAAUUCAUGGAAAUGUAGCUUAGGAUAAUAUGAUUCAUGGAAACUUAAAACCUGAAAAUAUACUCUUAAGCUCUAAAAAAAAAGUUUUUUUAUAAGAUUUCUAUGUGUUAAAAAACAGAGAAAAUAAAUAUAAACCUAAGAACGAAGGAUUAACUCAGGCUGCAGAUAUUUGGUCUCUUGGAUUAAUUACAUACUUUUUAUUCACAGACCAUCUUAUAGACACAGAAAAAGCAGAAUAUCUUAUCUCAGAAUAAGUUCUGCUUAAUCAAAUAUACAAACCAGGAAAUAGUGACAUAAGAGUUAUUUAUAAUUUAAUUGAGAGAAUGCUUGAUUCUAACCCAUCUAAUCGCCCAGAUAUAGAAGAAAUAGUCUCUCAUCUGAAGCCAAUAAUUUAAAAGAAAAACAAAGAAUUAAAUAUUGGCCUGAAUGUUUAAUCCAGUGCUUUUGAAAAUAUUCAACAUAUUUCAUAAUAAAAUGUAAGCAGCAUAAUAACGAACUGA